AUUCAGUCCAGUAGGUGGCAGUGCGUGUCUCCAGUACAAUAGAAUCUCCGGAAAUUCUACUGAACGCCGAAGACAAAACUGUUUGUGGACGUUUGGUGUACGUUUGGUUCACAGAUAACUUGUUAAGAUGUCGAUUGGAGUGCCCAUCAAAGUUCUUCAUGAAGCAGAGGGACACAUAGUGACCUGUGAAACCAACACUGGCGAGGUUUACAGGGGCAAACUAAUCGAGGCUGAGGACAACAUGAACUGCCAGAUGGCAAAUAUCACAGUCACAUACAGGGAUGGCCGUGUAUCUCAGUUGGAACAGGUGUAUAUUCGUGGCAGUAAAAUCAGGUUUCUCAUCCUGCCCGACAUGCUGAAAAAUGCUCCUAUGUUAAAGAGUAUGAAGAACAAAAAUCAGGCAGCUGGUGCAGGUCGAGGAAAAGCAGCUAUUCUCAAAGCCCAAGUGGCUGCCAGAGGACGUGGACGUGGUGGACCAGGACGAGGGAACAUAUUCCAGAAGAGACGCUAGUUUUAUAUUGAUACCCCUUUUUUUUAAUAAUUUUACCAGCAUUUUGGUUUGAUCUAUUUUAUAUUGUUCUUUUUAUGCUUUGGAUAAUAAAUGGGUGAUUUUUGCUA